CAUAGACGGGUUAUUGAAUCGAUAGUAGAUUAACAGAGUCUGUUUGACGGUAGCCGAUAGGGACCCUUAGUCUUUGAAUGUGUGCUGUUUGCAAGGGAUAAAAAGUGGUGCUCUGGUAGUGAAUUAUUUGUUUUUUGUAAAAAUAAGCAGCAGGGAGAUUUUUCUUCGUUAAUUACGUUUCGUGAUGGCAAGCGACAUCAAAAUGAAGCUUUCCAAGAACGUGUUACGGAUGAAAUUCAUGCAGAGGGGGCUGGAUGAUGAGACCAGGAAACAGUUGGAGGAAGAAGAGAAGAAAAUUAUUAGUGAUGAACACUGGUAUCUUGACUUACCCGAGCUGAAAGAAAAGGAGAAUUUUCUAAUAGAAGAAAAAAGUUUUGUUCCUUGUGAAGAUCUGGUAUACGGCAGAAUGUCUUUUAAUGGUUUUAAUCCUGAAGUGGAGAAGCUCAUGCUACAGUUCAGUACUAAAAUUGAAAAAGAAGAAAGAGAAGAUGGAAAGGAAGAAGAUUCAGAAUCUGAUGUUUCUGAUGAAGAAAUGGUGUGGAGAUAUGAGUGCUUGGUGGGAACAAUAAAGCAGAGGAUUGCAAAUAAAAGAGCAAAGUCACAUUCUGACAGUGAAGAUGAUGAUGAGGAGGACUGGAACUUCUCCGCCAACAAACUGAAUAAAACAUUUGUGAAACCUAAGGAUUAGAAUCUGAUGUAAAGAGUAGUAAUCUGCAUCUGUGGGCUGCAGAAAAGUAUUAGCAGGUUCCAUCAGCUUUUUCAUACGGAAUGCCUAGUAAAGUGUAAUAUAUUCUACAGACCUGACUCCUUUUAAUAAUACAGAUGUGUCAUGGAUGUUAUACAUCCUUUUCUUUUACUGGUCUUUUUUAAUUUGUAGGCUUUGUGGCCUUCAUGCUUGUAACAUGGUUUACUGUUUUUAAAAUAAUUGUAGGUUAAAGAUAUUUAUGGUGAGUCUGUGUUUGGAAUGGAUAAAGUAACUUUUGGUAUUCAAAGAGGAAAAAGUUGAACAUCCAGGAUGUAUUCUCUGCAGAAUAGAUUUUUGAUGUGUAGGGAGCAUAUCAGUGUUCUCAGAGAGCUUCUGCUGCGAAAGGAAAUCACAUAAACAUGCAACUUGCAACCUGUAGAUAUGAUUUUUAAGUAACCAUGAAAAUAAACUACAUAGAGAUGUAAAAGGUAUAUUGAAUAAGUUGUAUAUACUUGCAGAUAUUUCAGAUUUCAAAUAAAAUGUGCUAUAAGUGAA